UUCCGUUUCUAGAAUUGUUUGACAGUUUUUGACAUUUGCUGGUAAAACUGAGAAAUUUUUCUAUAUUCCCACCGCAAAGUAUAAUUAAUUAUUAUUUAAUUAACAAAUAAAACUGCUUAUUAUUAUUAUAAAACAAAAAAAAGAAAAUGAGUUUAAUUUCGACGGUUACUUCGCCAUCAGUAGACUUGAGUUCCUAUCGGGAUCAACAUUUUAAGGGUUCCCGUGCAGAACAAGAUAGAUUAUUAAGAAAUUCAACGACUCUUUAUGUAGGAAAUCUUUCUUUCUACACAACGGAAGAACAAAUUUAUGAACUUUUCUCAAAAUGCGGCGAUAUUCGACGAAUAAUUAUGGGCCUUGAUAAAUACAAAAAGACACCAUGCGGUUUUUGUUUUAUGGAAUAUUAUUUGAGAAGUGAUGCUGAAAAUUGUAUGCGAUAUGUUAAUGGCACAAGGCUCGACGAUAGAAUUAUUCGAACAGAUUGGGACGCAGGAUUUAUUGAAGGUCGACAAUAUGGUCGUGGAAAAACUGGCGGUCAAGUAAGAGAUGAAUAUCGAUCAGAUUUCGAUAGUGGCAGAGGUGGAUAUGGAAAAAUUAUACAGCAAAAAGUAACUCCCCUUUCCGAUUCUUUUGGUCGGUAAAAUUUCGAAUCAUUAAUUUAUUUAACUCUAAGUUACUUUAAUUAGUUAAUAAUAUUUUCAAAUUACUUUUCUUUAAAAAAAAAAAUUAGAAUAUUCUUCUUAAAAUUUAUUAAUUUUCAAUUGAAAAUUUAUCAUUUCUUCUUUCAUUGAGAAAAUUAGUUUUUCUCAUUAUAAAUAUCACAUUGUUCUUUUUUUUUGUCUAAUUAAAAUUCAAUAAUUAUUAAAGCAAAGAGAUAAUUGUGUAAAAAGAGUAAAUUUUUAUUUUAACACUUUACAAAUACUAUAUAUAUAUAUAUAUUUAUAUUGAAAAUAUCAAUUAUUUACAUGAAAAUAAAAUAAAUUGUGAUAUAAAGGCAA